CAGGUGCAGUAUUUCUUUGGUAUCCAGUCCAUUAACAUUAUGGAGCGGACAUUGCAGAAAUAUGGAAGCUAUGAAAAAUUUGAACAGGCCACUGGAGGCAGCUUGCUGACCAAAAGUCGCAUCUGGAAUCAUGUCAGGAAAUACAUGGUGAAAGAAGGCUGUCUUGGUGAGAUUGUGGUCCAUCUCACGGAGGACCUGCUGUCUCGAGCCUCAAUGACAGUGGUGAAUGGCCGCCCAACUCUCACUAUCAAUAUCUCCACUGCGCGAGAACACUGGCUGGAAGGGAUGCUGAGACAUGAAAUUGGAACUCAUUAUUUUCGGGGUUUUAACAACAACAGCCAGCCUUGGUGCAACUGGAACGGACGUAGAAAACACGGGUUAAAACCAAUCAACCCUACAGAAGAGGGGCUAGCAAGCAUUCACAGUGUCCUGUUCCGCAAAGACCCUUUUCUCUGGAGAGCCGCCCUGCUCUACUACACAGUGUAUCAGGCUAGCCAAAUGUCCUUCAGUCAGCUUUUCCAGGACGUGGGGAAAUUCGUCAAGGACCCCAAUACUAGGUGGGAUUACUGCGUACGAGCCAAGAGAGGCUGGACUGACACAUCACAACCAGGCUGUUUCAAUAAGGAUCAGGUAUACCUGGAUGGCAUUCUCCGAAUCCUGAGAUACAGGGAGUCCAUUGAUUUCCAUCUUCUGACAGCCCUUGGAAAGAUCUCGUACGAGGAUGUGGACCGCCUGAAAGGAUUAGCUGUGAUUGAGAACAUGAGGGUACCGCACUUUUUGCAAGACCAUGCCCGGUAUAUGGAGCACUUGGAAAAGAUCAUGGAAGUCAAUGAACUGACUGAUGAGGAGCUCCAGGAUCUCAUAAAUUAACAGUAUUAACCCACCGUUCACUUACUCUGUGCAGCUGAGGAUGUAGAACUGGACUUCCCAGAGCUUGCAAAAAUGGAUU